AUGUUUGAGAUCAACGAAGAUGCCCUUCCCAUAGUGCGGACCCGUCAAGCCCUUCUGCUUCUCGAUUUACAAAACGAUUUUCUUACGACGGGCGGUUUAUUAGCGGUCGAGGAACCCGCAGGCUUUCUGGAUAACAUCCUGAACCUCCUGCCGCAGUUCCGACAGUCAGGAAAUAAUGUGAUAUGGAUAAGGAGUCAGUUUGAGGUUUCUCGACCGGUCAAUGGACCAGGUCAGGAUUCCGAGACUGUUAUAUUGGACGGCCAAAAGCUACCAACCCACCGGCGAGCUGGACAGAAGAUACGGAACCCGCCUCAGCGUUUGCUUGAUCACCAUGCGCGAAUCGUACAGAGCAAUCGCCGGGAGAGUGGAGCUGAGGAAGGAAUGUUGGAGGCGGAUGAAAGGCCGGAUACGGAAGACGAAUUUGUCGUAGAAGAAACAUACCUUACAAUACCCGAAGGACAACAGCCUCGUGUUGUAGUUGCAGCUUCUCCUGGAACAAACUUUGCUCCGCGGGCGCUUGUAGGGUUUAGCACGGCAGAAGAUUUGAUUUUCCAAAAAAGCUAUUACUCGGCAUUCAGAGAUGGCGCGUUGAUGGAAUUUAUGAGGGCACAGUUUAUCACCGAGAUAUUCCUAUGCGGAUCUCUGACGAAUAUCAGCGUCUUCGCCACUGCUAUGGAUGCUGCUCGUCAUGGUUUUGCUAUCACGAUCCUUGAAGAUUGCUUGGGGUAUAGGAGUAAAGCUCGGCACGACGAGGCGCUUCAUCGAUUGACCAUAUCCACUGGCUGCGACAUAAUAAGUAGUAGAGAACUUAUCGGUGAUUUAAAACACAAGGCACAGGAGCAGUCGGACAGAGCUCGGAAAAGUGCCCCACCAAGAAAGAGAGGGGGCGACCUGGAGUCAUUGAUGUCAAGAAUGAAAUUGAGACAUACAGAUCAUUCGAGCUCCAGUUCAAGUUCAAGACAUAGUCCAACUGCAGACACGAGUGUAGAUCUCAAUGGUGGAGAGGGCCGCGCAAUGUCUGGGCAGAUGAAUUUGGAGAGUGGUGGCAGUUCUGAAUCUCUUCGCGAAAUACCGGAGACAGUAAAGCUGGAGGCUCCUGUUGUAGCGGAUACGAGAAAGCGAGAAAGAGUGCCAGCCAAAAUCAAAAGUCGGAGGCGUCAUUCCAAACCUAGAUCUAGUGAAAAGGGCACAAAUACUGACCACGGUACGACUCACAAGCGAGGAGUAUCGCCAACGUCAGCGACCUUGACCGGAGUUGCUCAAGCGCUUGAGAAUAUUCCACCAAGUUUAGAAGGUGCGAGCGAACCAGGGCAAGUCUUUAGAGCCUCCAACAAUCACGAAAUCCCUAUCACAUCAGAACGUAACCCGUUGGCUAGAAAAGUCAAUCUUGAACCAUCAGCGAAGCCAACCGAAGGUAUCAGAGAUAAUACCACAGCCACUGUAGCGGAAGGUGGCGACCCAAUAGCUCAAAAUGUUGAACCUAAACCCAAUUCGCCAACCCAAGAGAGUGCUCCAGCAGCCGAGACUCGGCAAGAGACGCUAUGUGAAGGAGACACUUCAGUUUUCACAAAUUUACUCGACAGUAAGGUUGAAGCAGGCAUUUUUGAAAAGCUUCGAGACGAAGUUGAAUGGAAGACGAUGUACCAUCAAACCGGUGAAGUGCCCCGACUUGUCGCAGUCCAAGGCGAAAUUAGAGAUGAUGGAAGUAUCCCUCUAUAUCGCCAUCCAUCAGACGAAUCUCCUCCUUUGCUACCGUUCUCGCCCACGGUUUCCUUGAUCAGAGCAAAGGUGGAGGAAAAGCUCGGACACAUGACCAACCAUGUUUUGAUACAAUUUUAUCGAAAUAGCCUUGAUCAUAUUUCUGAACACAGCGAUAAGACUUUGGAUAUUGUUCCUGGUACAUAUAUCGCAAAUGUCAGCUUGGGGGCGCACAGGACAAUGUUAUUUCGCACAAAGAAGCCCCAGAGUACUGCCGAUCCAGGUCCCCGAAGAUCCCAGAAAGCACCUCUACCCCACAAUUCGAUGUGUAAAGUUGGCUUAACCACUAACAUGCGGUGGAUGCACGAAAUUCGACCCGAUAAACGACAGACCCGUGAGAAGUCUGCCGAAGAGUUGGCGUUUGACUGUGGACGAAUAUCUUUGACCUUUAGAUCGAUUGGCACUUUCUUAACUAAAAACGAAGAGAAGAUAUGGGGACAGGGUGCCGUUGCCAAAGAAAAAGAAGAAGCUAGGUAUGUUCUUAAUGGGAAGACUCCAGAGUCAGAGUCUAUGCUUAAGGCGUUUGGGAUUGAGAAUCGCUCUUCUGAGUUCAAAUGGCGCGAAGUUUAUGGAGGCGGGUUUGAUGUGCUACACAUGUCGAAUGAGCGAAGGCUCUUCCUCUCUGGAGAUAGCAUCUCGGACAUGAGAGUUAAGCUCCUUUUGUCGGAGUUAAACCUAAAAUGGGUUCUUGGAAAGUCGUCCACAGCAGCCCACCGGAAAGAUGGAGAAGCUUUCGACGAUGCGUCAGAAGGAACUGCGAAUGGAAGUGUUAAACUUAUUGAUAACGAUGUGGAAAAAUCUACUGUUACUGGCGAUCACCCAAUCAUGCUCUAUCUAGAAUAUGGGUAUGCGCACGCUAAAGGCGCCCCUCCAAAAGCAGAUUUGGCUCGACAAUGUAUUCGGCUCGAGCUAUCCCGCGUUCUACUGAGCAGAUGGCGUACGAUCUCUUACACUAUAGAUGCAUUCGUUCGCGAGUUAGCAUUGUGGGAGAAGUUCGCUUCUGAGCACGCGUUCAUUGCCUCGCCAACAAUCUCCGUAGUUGACUUCGCAGUUUGGCCAAUCCUGGAUGAGAUUUCUCGUGGAUAUAACGGAUUCAAGAAUUACCCAAAUUUGUCUGUAUAUUAUGAAAGUAUGAAGAAUCGCCCGAGCGUUAGUGCUGUUAUUGAUGCUUCUGGGGGUUCAAGUAGCACUAAAAGCUCAAAGGAGACGUGA